GACGUAGAUGUCGUCCGCUGUCUUCCCAGCGACUCAAAGAAACCCGUCUAGCCUGUUGCGCAUGCGUAAACGCCGUGACGUUCCUAAAGUCUAGCGCUUCUCCUAUCCUCGGUGUUUAGCGGCUCAGCGCUCCCCCUCCCUUUCUCCUUGUUGUACGCAUGCGCAAAGGGCUGUCUCCCGCGCAGUCACUUUGCGCCAAGUGCGCGGCCGCUGCUGGGGGAGGGGAGACGCACGUAAGCAACCGCGGAAGGAGUGGAGCGGAACAGGGAGCCCGUCACGGAGCAGUGCGCCGUUAUACAAGCCCUUCUGUCUGCCCUUCUCCCCUGUGAAAAGACGGGGCCAACAUGGCCGGAGCCUUGAUGCUUCCUGCAGACCGCAGCCAUCGCAGGAGGAGGGACCGGCGACCAGUAGGCUAGGCCCUGGAUAGGCCUCGCCAUAUCCCCGGAGCAGGGAGCGCCCCCUCCUCGGACUGCUUCCCUCUAAAGCUUUCUUGUCAGCCGGAUAGCUCCUAGGAGACAGCGGCGCCCUCCAAUCUCCGUUACUCGGAGCUCCAGGACCUGAUCCCCCGGGGGGGAGGCCGCGGCGACCUCACUGAGCGACUCGUCUGCUGGGCCCGAGACCCCGCCAUGGAGACCAAAACCAUUGUGUACGACCUGGACACGUCCGGGGGGCUGAUGGAGCAAAUCCAAGCCCUCCUGGCACCACCCAAGAGUGAAGAAGGGGAGAAGAAAAGCAGGAGACCAGAAAAAGAGCCCAGGAGAAGUGGACGGGCCACCAACCAUGACAGCUGUGAUAGCUGCAAGGAAGGAGGGGACCUCCUCUGCUGUGACCACUGUCCGGCCGCUUUCCACCUUCAGUGCUGCAAUCCUCCCCUGAGUGAGGAGAUGCUGCCCCCUGGAGAGUGGAUGUGUCAUCGCUGCACCAUCCGCAGGAAGAAACGUGAGCGGAAGAAGGAGCUUGGACAAGUCAAUGGGUUGUUUGACAGAUAUGGGAGAAGGACUGUGUCGCCCACUAGUGACAUGGAUUAUUCUGAAAGAGCUGCUGGCAGCUUUCGAGCCCUCGCCCAAGCCCGGAUAUUAGAGAGAAGGGUAAGCCGCCCCGGCACACCAACAUCCAGUGCCAGCACCGAUACGCCCACCUCGGAGCAAAAUGAUAUGGAUGAGGACAUGAUCGAUGUGGAUGAAGAUCCUUCUGUGGAGUCGGAGUACACUCAUUCUCAACUCAAGAGACCAUUUCAGUUACUUAUCGCAGCAGCCAUGGAGCGCAAUCCCACCCAGUUUCAGCUUCCUAAUGAACUUACCUGCACCACAGCACUUCCAGGCACCAGCAAACGUCGGAGAAAAGAAGAAAUGACGGGGAAAAAUGUUAAGAAAGCACAGCAUGAGUUGGAUCACAACGGCUUGGUACCUUUACCAGUCAAAGUCUGCUUCACUUGUACCCGGAGCUGCCGCGUGGCACCUUUAAUUCAGUGUGAUUACUGCCCUCUCUUGUUUCAUAUGGACUGCUUAGACCCUCCUCUUACUGCCAUGCCAACCGGCCGCUGGAUGUGUCCCAACCAUAUCGAGCACGUUGUGCUGAACCAGAAGAAUAUGACCCUGAGUAAUCGGUGCCAGGUGUUUGACCGCUUCCAGGAUAGCAUUUCUCAGCAUGCGGUAAAGCUGGACUUUCUGAGCCGCAUCCAUAAAAUACAUCCCCCGAACCGCAGGCAGCUGCCUUCAGCCAGGAAAAACACAGUCAAGGUUCCUGAAGCCAUCAAGGCCCAAUAUCAGUCACCUCCACAGUUACUGCCUCCUGCAGGGAUACGUGACGGGGAGCUGAUUUGCAACGGUGUUCCCGAAGACUCCCAAAAGCACCUGCUUCACUCUGAGCACUUGGCUAACCAAACAGAGCAACAAGAGUGGCUCCGUAGUGUGGUUGCACUUCAGUGCAGCAUAUUGAAAUACUUAUCUGCUAAGCAGAUGCCAGCCUGGGGAUCAGAGGACGUUGACUCGUUGGAUGUGAAACCAGUCAUAUCACCUGAUGGUUCCGUGUCCAACUCUCACCAGCACGCUGACGGCAAGCCUCAGUUAUCUCCAUCUUUAGAACUGUCUCCGAGGAGCCAAUCUACAACGUUGGAAGACGAUACUACUUACGUGGUGAAAUCACAUCUGUCAACCAGUGGUGGUACUUUCAAUGGACCUGCUGUUUCGGAGUCCAAAUCAAACGGACCUCAUACUUGUAAUGUUAGCCCAAGCCACACGGAACAGUUACGUGACCAUCAAAGACUAUCUGGAGCUAGUCCUGGUGUUUCUGUACUUUCUCAGAGACCAGCAAGGCCUCGGUCAGGCACUCCUCCCACAACAGUUGUUCUCCCAAAUCAUGUAGUGAAAACAGAAGGCACGACAGGAGCUGCACAUUGCACCCAGAGGCUUCAGGGUCCUACUCUUACACCUCCUAAUUCUUGCACCAGUACGGAGCUUGCUAGCACUUUGUCAUGGAAGCAUACCCAAACGCAAGCUACUCCUUCACUCAGUCAACCUGAUUCCAGACCUGUUGGGUCACCGCUCUCUGGCACCCGGGCACUUACGCCUCCACAGGCGGCUGGGGGUGAUCUUACCUCUGCAGCUUCUGGUGCAUCCAGGCUCUGUGUAGCAGCUCCUCCCACAGAUGGAAAAGUCCGACCCAGUGCGUUAAUAAUCGAUGGGGCAUCAACUGGCCCUUCGCCAUAUACUGUAAACUCCUCAGCGAUGGCAGAGCUUACAAGUUCCCUAAGAUCAUUGAUGGAUGGAAAUGGAGAGAUCCAGAUAAACCUGCUGGAUGAGAAGCUGGUAAAAUUUUUGGCCAUGCAGAGAAUCCAGGAGAUAUUCUCUUCUAAAGACUAUCCUGUAGCAAGUGCCACCCGUCCUUCGCCAACUCCAUCCCUUGGACAUCAUGUGGAAGCCCAGAGAAGAGAUGUGCAGGCCAGGGCUGUAUUUUACCCUCUAAUGAUGGGCACUGGUGCUCCCGUCAAUAUGUGCUACCGGACUCUUUACAUUGGCACAGGAGCAGACAUGGACGUUUGCCUUACAAAUUAUGGUCAUUGCAACUAUGUUUCUGGCAAGCACGCUUGCAUCUUUUAUGAUGAGAACACGAAGCAUUACGAGCUGCUGAAUUACAGCGAACACGGCACGACUGUUGAUAAUGUCCUCUAUUCCUGUGACUUUUCUGAGAAGAUCCUCCCCACCCCUCCCAGCAAUAUUGUUGCCAAAGUGCAGAACGUUAUAAAGCGCCUGCAAGAGCCAAAAUCCCGAAUCCGAGCCCGUCAAGGAAGAGGCAGUUAUGAACUCGCAUGCACAAGGUCCCCACGUACAGCCGUGUAACUGCAAAGCCAGCAGCUCUAGUCUCAUUGGAGGAAGUGGAGCCGGCUGGGAAGGCACAGCUCUCUUACACCACGGAAGCUACAUCAAGUUGGGCUGCAUUCAGUUUCUGUUCUCCAUCACGGAGUUUGCAACAAGG